AUGAAUGGGAGCAGGGCGGCCCCCUUCGACUAUGGAGGCAACGAGUCCUGCCUGCUGGAGGGGUCCUGCCACAUAUCCAUGGGUCUCACCCUGUUCCUGGCGGUCUCCUACGGCGUGGUGAUGGUGCUGGGACUGGUGGGCAACGUGUGCCUGAUCUGCGUCAUCGCCCGGCAGAAGGAGAAGGCCAACGUCACCAGCAUCCUCAUCACCAACCUCUCCAUCUCCGACAUCAUGGUGUGCAUCUUCUGCCUGCCCAUCACCGUGGUCUACACCCUGAUGGACCACUGGAUCUUCGGGGGCGUGCUGUGCCGGCUGAUGCCCUUCGUCCAGUGCAUGUCGGUGACGGUCUCCAUCCUGUCCCUGGUGCUGAUCGCCCUGGAGCGCCACCAGCUCAUCAUCAACCCCGGGGGCUGGAAGCCCACGGCCCCCCAGGCCUACCUGGCGGUGGUGGUCAUCUGGAUGCUGGCCUGCUUCACCUCCCUGCCCUUCCUGGCCUUCCACAUGCUGACGAAUGAGCCCUACAAGAGCCUGCCCCUCCCGCUGAGGGACAAGGAGGCGUGCACGGAGAACUGGCCCUCCCAGCCCCACAAGCUGGCCUACACCACCUGGCUGCUGCUCUUCCAGUACUGCGCCCCGCUGCUCUUCGUGCUCGUCUGCUACCUGCGCAUCUUCGUGCGGCUCCGCCGGCGGCGGGACAUGCUGGACCGCACCUGCGAGGAGAACCGGCGCAUGAGCCACAGCAAGCGCAUCAACGUCAUGCUGGCGGCCCUGGUCACCACCUUCGCCAUCUGCUGGCUGCCCCUCAACACCUUCAACGCGGUGGCCGACUGGCACCACGAGGCGCUCCUCUACCACCACGACCUGGUCUUCUCGCUCUGCCACCUGCUGGCCAUGGCCUCCACCUGCGUCAACCCCGUCAUCUACGGCUUCCUCAACAGCAACUUCAAGAAGGAGGUGAAGGCCGUGGUGCUGCACUGCCGCUGCAGCCCGGUGGAGGACGACUACGAGCACUUCCCCCUCUCCACCAUGCACACGGAGGUGUCCAAAACCUCGCUGCGCCUUAACUGCAGGAACAACUCGGUGUGA